AUGUGGAUCCUAGUCACAUGCUGUGUUCGUGAGGUGUUGGAGAUCAGCAAGUGUUGGUCAUAUGGUGCUGUGCUGACUGCUUCAUCUGCAGUGCACAUGGCGGACAGGGCCGGUCAGAGGGACAGAGACAGGUGUGAUCCUGAAUCAGGGAUGUCGACGGAAAACUCCCGAGUGCACAGAACAAACGGCAGAAAGUCCACAUGGACAAAUGGUCAGUGUAUAGUGGCCACACCCGCACCCUCUAUAUUAACACCAAGCUUCGACCUGCAACUCUGCAGGACACAGCUGGAGAAAGAAGGCUUCCAUAUCCCUGUCGAGGACUUUGAGACUCCUCUAAGAACAGCGCUGGAAUCAUCUUCCAUCAGAAGAUACUUGUUCUUCAACUCAUCUCUGUUUCAUUUCAUCAUGGCCCCGAUCAUGUACAUGGUGCUGUGGUUUGCCAUGUACUCCAGCCUGCACAGUUACCUCAGCGAGAGCGUCAUGAAGCUCUGGGUUCUGUGUCUGUGUGUGAGCCUUGUUGUUGUCGUCAUCACCGUCGCCAUCGUCCUCAUCUUCCACUACAACAACAAAGAGAUCAAUGUGAAUACUGACGUGCGUCUGGUGCGAGUGAACGAACGGCUCAUCAGGCACAAUCUGCUCCUAGGGGUAGCGGACUGGAUUGAAAAGUGCACUGGAAAAAUGCAGCUUUGUUGUGUGUUCUGGGAUUUGGGUCCAUGUCUGCAAACCUUGAGUGAAACUUUAGAGGAGCUGGAUUUGAUCAAAGAUGAGAUAAAGAACAAACUGAAGAAGAGAAUGUCCCACCUCACUGUAGUGGCUGAAAUCCCACCUCCUGAGCCUGAUGCUGGAGUGAUCAUUGAGGAACCUGAUGAAGAACAGCUCUUGCUGGGAGGGGGCAAAAAGAACCACGCUUCAACCAAGAAAAGAGAAGAAAUUAUACUGACCCAAACAUUUAGCCUGUUACCAGACUUCACCCUCUCAUAUCAGGACAUUGCAAACCACCUUUUGAUGAUAUACAGUGCCGUCUACGUGAAGCUGCUGGUGUCAGAGAGACUUCCCAGCUCCUCAGUUCACCCUCUAAAUUCAGAGAGGAAUCACUGCACAAUGGCAUCACUGUGUCUUUGUCAGUAUGUACAAUACAAACUUCUGCAGUAGAGAGACUCAAACUGGGAAAGACUGCCCACAAUGCAUUUCUGUAGCACUCUCUGUUCUUUAUUAAAUUAUUUUUUUAAGCUGC